ACGAGCUCUUGCUCUUUCCAAAUGGCUUCUUCCUCAUUUUCAGUCUUCCUGUUCCUGCUUAUUCUCUCAUCAUGCAUUGCCUUCCUGCCUUCUCCCUCUCAGGCUUACAAUUACCCUCCCAUAGUCAACGGCCUCUCCUUUUCCUACUACAAGUCAACCUGCCCCCAGGUAGAGCUCCUCGUCAGGAGCUACCUGAAAGAAGCUUUCAAGAAGAACAUCGGCCUGGCAGCAGGCCUCCUCCGCCUCCACUUCCAUGACUGCUUCGUUCAGGGUUGUGAUGGAUCAAUACUGCUUGAUGGGUCGGCCGGAGGGCCAAGUGAGAAGCAAGCGCCACCCAACUUGACCCUCCGACAAGCAGCCUUCAACGCCAUCAGUGAGAUCCAAGCUAUUGUAACCAAGGCUUGUGGGUCGGUUGUCUCGUGCUCGGAUAUUGCUGCUCUCUCUGCUCGUGAUUCCGUCUCCUGGUCGGGUGGGCCCGACUACUUGGUUCCUCUCGGCCGGCGCGACGGCCUAACCUUCGCCACCAUGGCCACCGUCCUCAAAUUCCUGCCGUCCCCUAACUCCAACGUCUCCUUCCUGAUCACCUCCCUCGCCCAGCUCAACCUCAACACCACUGACCUCGUCACCCUCUCCGGCGGCCACACCAUCGGCAUCGGCCACUGCACCUCCUUCGACAGCCGCCUAUUCCCCUCGCAGGAUCCCACCCUCAAUCCCCCCUUCGCCAAGAAUCUCUAUCUGACGUGCCCCGUCAAGAAUACCACCAACACCACCGUCAACGACAUCCGCACGCCCAACCUCUUCGACAACAAGUAUUACGUGGACCUGCUGAACAGGGAGGGGCUGUUCACGUCGGACCAGGGCCUGUACGGCGAUUCCAGGACGAAGCCCAUCGUUACGAGCUUUGCGGGUGAUCAGGCUCUCUUCUUUCAAAACUUCGUCUACUCGAUGACAAAGAUGGGGCAGCUAAGCGUGCUGACGGGGAACAAGGGCCAGAUCCGUCGAAAUUGCUCCGCCAUCAAUCCCUCAGACAACCACUUCUUGGCCACAAAUGUCGAUGCUGAUGAAAGUAAGUUGUUCUAAUAUAUAAUUAGUAGUGUGUUACGGGUGUUGACGAAGGGGUGGGUGUUAAUGCUGAUGUAUGAAACUUAUAAUAAUAAUAAUAAUAAUAAUAAUAAUAAUAAAUAAAUA